AUGGACGCCUGUCAUCCGCCGCUGGAAUCCUCGCAAUCGCGCUGGACAUCGACCGGAUGCAACGGAGACUCCCUGGGCUUACAGCCGAUCGGAUCUCCAGAGCUCACGUACUCUACACCUCCGAGAACUGUAAUGAACCACGGGGACCAAUAUAUCGACGGAAUACUAUAA